AAAUUCGACCAUAUAUUAUGAUUUAAUUUACAAUACCACUUAAUGUACGUUGAAGGAUAAUUUUUAUUUAACUCAAACUCUUUUAUAAAACUCUUUUCAUAUGAGACGUGAGAAUAUCAUCGCAAUGUCUAUCGAUUUUGACGUUUUGUCAAAUACGAUCAGAUACUAUGCAUGUGUGUGUAAUGUUUUAUUUAUUGAUUUAAAGUACUUUAUAAGCAUUAUUUUUGAAAAAUAUUAGCGCUCUGCACUUCUCCUACGCAUAAACUAUAAGUGUACCAAAUUUUAUGCUCCUACGUCCGCGCAAUUAUCGUAAAAAGAUGUCCAAAGUUUUUGCAUCACGUAUUAAUAUAUAGAUUAGUUUAGUUUAUGCAAGUAUUUGUAAAGUAAGACAGGUAUACUUAGGAAGUAAAGAAAGAACCAAAUCGAUAUAAGCGCGCGGUGGCGGCGGGCGCUCGCAUCAAUGUGCCGGCCGCGCGGCGCGCUCGGCCGCGGUCGGAGCCACUCGGCGACUCGGCCACUCGCCGCUCGGAGCACACACAAGGCGUCCGGCGAGCGGCGGCAGCGAGCAGAGUAUGACGGAGUGACGCACGGAAUGUCUGCGCUCUUGCUUUUUCACGUGUUUUAAGUGUGCGAUAUUGGGUGCUCGCUCACACGCGCGCCCUCCUCGUACGUGCGAGGGAGCGAGCUGUAGUCGUGGGCUUGCUUCUCACUGCGCGUGUCUGUCUGCCGCCGUGCACGGCGACAUGUUUGCUACGUGCCCUCGUUACAGUGUGACGUGUAUUCAAUAGAUAUUUUAAUAAUUGCAUCGUUUUUUAGGCCCAUUUUGAUAAAAACGGGAAUUAGGUACUGUACUUACUCGUAUUUCUCGUAAGCCAGUUUAGAUGAUACAUAAACCUAUGUAAGAACCUAUUAGAUGUAUCUAAAUAAGUGCGCAGUGUAACGGAGAUAGUGAUGUCAGCGAAGACAGAGAGCGCGUCCCAACGGGCGGAGAGCGACGGGGAGGUGGGCCGGCUGGUGGACUGCAGCCAGGCCGACGACCGGCGCCUGAUCCAGCUGGUGCGCGAGCGGCGCCUGCUGUACGCGCGGAACAACAUGCCCGUGGCCAGCUACUACAACCAGGUCAAGCGCUUGUGGCUCGAGGUCGCCAACAAGAUGGGGUGGUCCGGUACGUACCUGCUGACCUGCGAUUGUUACAAUGCCGUAGUGGUGGACGACGUAGUCGAUGUGACGGACGUGCGGCGCAAGUGGUCUCACAUCCGCAACUCGUACUCGCGCCACCUGCGCAACGAGCUGCACGGCGUGCGCACGGGCCGCGGCCGCAUGGUCUCCAAGUGGUACCUCGCCGACGAGCUGGACUUCCUGCGCCAGCACAUGGCCACAGACACGAGACCGUCGCGCCAUUCAUACAGGCCUCUGUACACGAUCCGGCACGACCCGGUGGCUGCCACGCAUGGCGACCCGUCCACUCCGUGGUUUGCGCUGACCAGCUCGUCUCCCACCAGCACACUGCAGCUCCCGGUGGAGAUGGAGCCACAGCCGUUUUGCGAGGACUCCUCAAGUCCUCACUCAUUUGAGCCUGAUGAAAAUUCUGCGUACUUCCACUUUUUCCGAGGUAUUCAUAACGAUUACCAGGAGCUGCCAGCCAAGAAGCAACGAUUGUUUCGUCGCGAAUGUCUCGCCUUCCUGCACCGGCUGCUAGACGAAGAGGACUCGCGAGGACAACAAGAUGCUCUCGAUCUCAGCAACUCCAUUGAAACGGACGAUGAGAAAGAAUCUAAACCUUUUAUCAUCAGCAAUAUAGAAAGUAUAGUGGGCGAGCCCGGCAGCCCCACCCACGAACGUGUGACCGAGACGACGUGAGUCUCUGUAUUUCCCCGCCUCGCGUUGUGUCAUUGCCAAAAUGCGUAAAUAUCGUACAGUUUGUGUGAAUAACACGUGUUGUACCUACUUACGUAUUUUGCAGUAUAAAUUAUACCUGAUAAGGAAAUAUUCUGUACAUAAUAAAUAACCGUGUACGAAUUUUAUUAAUCGUUUGAAAUAAAUUACUGUUUGCUUACCUUAUUACAUUAAA